AUGGCGAGGUUGUUGAUAGUUGUGCUUGCGUUGAUUGCGGUGACGGCGGCCAAACCUGGUUACGGUUCAGGUGGAAAUUACGGUGGUGGUUUUGGACCUGGAUAUGGCAGCAGCGGCUAUGAACAACCCAGCAGCAGCUUCCAAAAUGGGCAUGGCAAUAACGGCUUCGGAGGUGGGCAUGGUCAAGGCGGCUUCGGAGGUGGACACGGCCAAGACGGCUUCGGAAGUGGACUUGGCCAAAUUGACUUUGGAAGUGGACUCGGCCAAGGCGGCUUCGAUUCUGGACACAAUAGCAACAGCUUCGGUAAUAAUGGUCAAGGUGGCCACGGAGGAUACGGCCACUUUUGA